AUGGCGACGGGGUGCCGAAGGCAUCACUCGCGUCAAAUGAUAAUGAGGUGCCGAAAGACAUCACUCAAGCUGAAUGACAACGGGGUGCCGAAGGCAUCGGUCGCGUCGAAUGAUGAUGACGAGGUGCCGAAGGCAUCGCUCGCGCCUAAUGAUGAUAACGGGGUGUCGAAGGUAUCGCUCACGCUGGUUGAUGGCGAGGUGCCGAAGGCAUCGCUCGCGCCGAAUGAUGAAGCUUGUAGAACAAGCUCAAGUCCCCAUAUUUUAAGCUCAAGUCCCCAUACUUUGAAUUAA